ACUCGCAGGACAUUAUCAGGCAUUCCAAGUCUUCUCAACGAAAUUCAGCAACUCGGACUCAAGAUCCAGUCUUCUCCAGCCUUCAAUUCCCUGCAAAAAGUCUAAGCACUGUUCAUCAUGGCGGCCGCUUCAGUCUCCUCCGCGAUGAAGGCGUCCCUCUCCACGAGCAAGGCGUCUCUCGCCUCGCCCCUGGUCUCCGGCCUCGCGCGCUUCGAUGGGCUCAAGUCGGCGUCCGCCUUCGCGGGAUCCAAGACCACCUCACAGGCCGCUCAGCUGCGCGCCAAUUCCUCGGCGGUGCAGAGCGGCGAGGGCAAGGUGGGCGCGGUGCGGUGCGAGCAGACGGAGCCCGGGAUGAAACUGGUGUUCGUGUCGGCCGAGGUGGCGCCUUGGAGCAAGACGGGCGGCCUGGGCGACGUGCUGGGCGGCCUCCCUCCCGCGCUCGCCGCCAGGGGCCACCGCGUGAUGACGGUGUCACCGCGCUACGACCAGUACAAGGACGCCUGGGACACUGACGUCAUCAUUGAUGUGAAGGUGGGCGACGCGGUGGAGAAGGUGCGGUUCUUCCACUGCUACAAGCGCGGCGUGGACCGCGUGUUCGUGGACCACCCGCUGUUCCUGGCGAAGGUGUACGGCAAGACGGGCAGCAAGGUGUACGGGCCGAAGACGGGCGUGGACUACGACGACAACGUGCUGCGCUUCUCGCUCUUCAACCAGGCGGCGCUCAUGGCGCCCAAGGUGCUGCGCCUGGACAACAACCCGUACUACUCGGGCGCGUACGGCGAGGACGUGGUGUUCGUGGCCAACGACUGGCACACGGGCGUGCUGCCGGCGUACCUGAAGCAGCUGCAGCAGGAGGGGCAGUUCCGGCAGGCCAAGGUGGCGUUCUGCACACACAACAUCGCGUACCAGGGCCGCUUCGCGCCGUCCGACUUCGACCGCCUCAACCUGCCCGACUCCUUCCGCCCCUCCUUCGCCUUCACCGACGGGUACGAGAAGCCGGUGAAGGGUCCGAAGAUCAACUGGCUCAAGGCGGGGUUCGUGGAGGCGGACCUGGUGCUGACGGUGUCGCCCAACUACGCGGCGGAGCUGCAGUCGGGGCCGGCUAAGGGCGUGGAGCUGGACGACGUGAUUCGCGGCGUGGGCAUCAAGGGCAUCGUGAACGGCAUGGACGUGGCAGAGUGGGACCCGUCGGAGGACAAGUUCCUGGACGCGCGCUACGACGCGUCCACGGUGCUGCAGGUGAAGCCGGCGCUGAAGGAGGCGCUGCAGGCGGAGGUGGGGCUGCCGGUGCGCGCGGACGUGCCGCUGCUGGCGUUCAUCGGGCGGCUGGAGGAGCAGAAGGGGUCGGACAUUCUGUCGGCGGCCGUGGAGGACAUCCUGGCGGGCGACGUGCAGCUCAUCGUGCUGGGCACGGGCAAGAAGUACCUGGAGAAGCAGCUGGAGGCGCUGGAGGCCAAGUACCCCGACAAGGCGCGCGGCGUCGUCAAGUUCAACGUGCCGCUGGCGCACCUCAUGACGGCCGGCGCCGACUUCAUGCUCGUGCCGUCGCGCUUCGAGCCGUGCGGGCUCAUCCAGCUGCACGCCAUGCGCUACGGCACCGUGCCCAUCGUCGCGUCCACGGGCGGGCUCGUGGACACCGUCAAGGACGGCGAGACGGGCUUUCAGAUCGGCGAGUUCAACGUCGACUGCGAGGCGGUGUACCCCGAGGACGUGGCGACGCUGACGGCGGGAGUGCAGCGCGCGCUGAAGGUGUUCGGCACGCCGGCGUUCGACCAGAUGAUUCUGAACGGCAUGGCGCAGGACCUGUCGUGGAAGGGCCCCGCGUUGGAGUGGGAGGAGACGCUGCUGUCGCUACAGGUCGAGAACUCCUCGCCCGGCACGGCGGACGGCGUCGAGAUCGCGCCCAAGGCGCUCGCCAACGUCGCCGCGCCCUGAGCCCCGCCACCGCCACCGCCAGCACCCCACGAUUUUUUUCGCAGCCCCUUGUGAUAUACGCUACUACCGGAUUUACCUAACGACAUCUGCAUUUCUCCCCUCUUGAGGCGCUUUAUUGUGCCGUGGCGUGCCCAGCCCAAAGCCUGAUGACACAGGUUGGGGUGAGGGCUCUUAUGUUAUCGCCAGUGGCACAGGUUGAGCUACUUCUCAUGCAAUGUUUUGUUUGCCUUAUAGAUAUAGGGUUUUCCAUAAAAAUCCUUCAUUAGUACCGAGUAAAAUUAGCUUCCCAGACAGUUGAUGGACCGUCGGAUGAGAUGUGUUGUGGUGUAGCAGCUGAGCUUUAGAGCGAGGAUCCCAAGAAGCCAUUUUGCAAAACCGAAGGUUUUGGACUACGAGUGAAGUGAACGAGAGCUAAGGGACAGGAAAAUCGCCCCUCUACGCCUGGCGGAGAGAAAACACCACCAGCGAGAUGAGAUGCAGCUCGCUGGGCUUGAGCGAUGUCGCUCGCAGAUACUGUACAAGCGACGAAGUGAAAAUGUGACACGACCUGGCGGGCGUGUUCAAACGAUCGGUUACGAGCACCUCAGCCUAUUACGCGACAACAGAUGUGGCACGCAAAGCACAAGACAGUGGAACAACACCCAGUCACAAAACGAAGCCAUGUACUACAACACCCUC